AUGAAAAGUUUUGGUAAUCAAAGUGCUCGAUGGCAACCAAUUCCGGAACAUGAGAAAAAGCAGGAUAAAGAUGAUAUUGCAUGGGAUAAUUGGAAUGAUGAACAUGAUAGUGGAUAUGUAAUCAAGAAUGAUGGAUAUCAGGAAAAGGAUUCGACAAACUUCAAAGAUGCAAUAAAACAUGAAAUAGAAGAGCAUGCUUUGAAGUCAGCAGCUGGUGCUAGUAAACAUGCUUCAGGUGUUGCUAAAAAAGGUGCAUCAAAGCAUAUUGAUCAGGCUAGUACCACUGGGAAAGAUGUCAAAGCAAAAACAUUCGGAUUCUUUGACUAUCAUUACAAACAACCAGAAUAUCAUGUGGAACAAUUUUACACAGAUGAAAAACAUCGUCAAAAAAUUGGAGCUGAUCGUUUACAUCAUACUUCAAAGGAUCAUGAAUCAGAUGGUCAUAAAGCAUCCGGUUGGGGUAAACAUGGAAAGGGAUAUCACAACAAUGCAAAAGGUCUUGAUUCUCACGAACAAGGUGGAGAAUUUCACGAUGGUUGGGCCAAUAAUUUCUACAAAGGAUAUGAACAUGAGAAUGAGAGAGACUAUUCUAAAGGACAUAAAACACAUAAAGGACAUUAUCAUCAUGAUAUCUUGCCGGAAUCUCCUUCUCUUACUCUUCCUUCUCCUCCUCAUCAUCACCAUCAUCAUCAUCAUCAUCAUCAUCAUGGACAUCACAAUGGAUGGGUUACUACAAACGAGCAUGGUUAUGGGCAUGAAACCGAUUUAUGGGAUAAACCAUCGGAAUAUGAUAUUUGGGAUAAAUCCCGUCAUGAUUGGGAACAUGAUUAGACUGAUCUGUUGUAGAGUGAACAUCACCCAGUUAAUUCGAUAAUUCGGCUAUUUAUCGGUCCGCACUACUAUUUCACGUUUAAAAUUGAUUAGCAU